AUGUUGCCUAGAUUAGGUCGACUUGUUACUCAAACCUCAAAGCUUCGAUCUUUGACCACAAAUGGAUCGAUGAAAAAUCUUUCCUUUUUAUCGCACUAUGGGUACGCGACUGUAGCACCGGCGCCUGAUGCUCCGCCGCUGAAAGAUUUCCCCAGCAAAUCUCCGGUAAACUUGGAUAAGCUGUUUUGGUCAAAGCCAUGUUCAUUGGCUCUGCCUAAAGACUCUCCUCUCAGAAUUGAUGAACCAAACUAUGAAGGGGUUCGUCGUUUUAUACUAAAGGUGCUUUUGUUCUACAGCAAGCAGAGCAUAUCUAUCCGUAGGGCAAAUGUGAUAUACAAGCGAAUCAUUUCACAAGUCGAGAAACCUGCAAUAUAUGAUGUAUUCAACUUGGAGAAAACGUUCAAAAUAACAUUUUCAUUGCUUGUCCUUCAUAUGUGGCUUGUUUUGCGUCGCUUGAACGAAGAGGGAAAAGAAGGUGUUGACCUUGGUCAAUAUGUGUAUGAGAUCUACAAUCAUGAUGUAGAAGUCAGGGUAUCUAAAGCUGGGGUUAACUUGCUGCUGCUUAAGUGGAUGAAGGAAUUAGAGAAAAUAUUUUAUGGAAAUGUUGUUGCCUAUGAUGCUGCGCUACUUCCAGAAGCUAAACCAAAUGAGCUACAAAUCAAAAUAUGGAGGAAUGUAUUUUCAGAUGAUGGAACAACAACACCUGAUGACACGGAUUUAAAAGCAGCAAAGGCAUGA